AUGCACUCGCGGUCUCAGCUUCGAAGGCGGCUUUACGAGGAGCCAUCGCCAUCGCCCUCGCCAAGGGCCCGGACUCGUCCUUGCGAGAGGGCCGGCGCGCGGCCGAACUCGGCCCGGCUCGGUCUCAAGGUCGCAGAUGCUCAGAGGCUCCUGGACAAGGUCUCCGGAAGGAGCCCAGGACCAGCGGCAGCCCCCGCGGCGGCUGCGGCGGCCGCGGCUCCGCAGCUCGAGAGCCUCUCCUCUCCGCUUCUGCCGCCCUUGCCACAGGCCGGCGAGACGGGCGCCCGGGUUGUUUCCUUGUCGCCUGAGAUGCGGCACGAGCCGGAGCCUUCCGCCUGGGCCUACCCACAGACUUCCCAGCUCGGCAUCGCCCACGUGGACGUGGAACCCGAGAGCGACUCGCAGGAGGAGUUUGGGUCGCUGGGACGGCCUUUCGACAUUUUUCUGGAGAUUUUGAGAGGGGCCGAGCAGCGGGAGGAGACGCUGGGGAAAGAGUUCGUGUAUGUCCGGCACGUCGAGGGUGGCAGCGCCUACGACUUGGAACUGGUGCCCUUUAGGGAGGUGCAGUUGGAGAGCUACAUGACCGCGGGCGGGACCGUGAGCCCUGCGGGGAUGUCAACGUAUGUGAAGGGUUUGCCGACGGCCUUCGUCUCCCUGAAGAGCUGGCUGCAGGAACGGCGGCUCUUCCGGCUUUUGCGGCGUUUUAACUUCUUCCAGGAGUUUCCCAAAAGGAAGGCCUUCUUGCACUGGCGGAAUGCUGGGAGGUGGGGUCGGAUGACGAAAGCCGGACGAGUGCUGGAAGAGCGUGUCUUCUUCCUGCACCCCUGGUUCCGUUCGAGCUACUUCGCUGUGCGCGAGAUUUUUCAGGAUGUCGCCAACUUGCGAUGCUUGCGGUGCCAUUUUCCCCAGCCUCAGACUUUGGCGGAAUUCCAAGUGGCGCAGAAGAACUGGCAGCACGACCUCUUCCAACGUGCCCGGCAGUUGGCCGCCAAGGUGAUGACGGAAGUCUCGCGCAUUUUGUCUUCGGUGAUCGAUCAGGUGCGCCGGGAGACCAGCGACAACAGCGAGUUCACGCGCCAGGUCUUGGUGAGCGGCCGUCAGCUGGGUUCCGCGGCCAUCGUGCGUGCCGGGAUGGACCAAGAGGACAGCGAGGCGCUCGAGCGCCUCGGCUUCUCCAAGGACGUGAGCUUCGCGCAGCGCUCGCGGCUGCGCUUCGAGUGUGGGCGGCUCCUGCGCUUCGCGCGUUUGGUGGACCUCCUCUGCACCGAGAGCCUGGUGGAGGUGCUGGAGGCCUCCAUCGCCGAGACCGUGCGGAGCCUCGGUUUGGAACAAGGCCGUCCGGAGGAAGGGCACGGCUCGCAGAUCCUCCUGAAGGUGACCUCCGCAGCGCAUGCAGACCACGUGGCUCAGACCAUGGCUGUCCAGCUGUGCCCAAGUGACGUGGAUGUCUCAGUGGAGUUCAUCAAUUGGUUGCGGCACGGCUGUACGUUGGCCACCUUCUUCACCUGCAACUAUGCAUCGCCGGAUCUGGUGGCUCAUCGCUUUCUGGUCCGAUCUGGUGUGAGCAAUCUCGAAGACAAGGACGAGGAGGAGGAAGAAAGGGAAGCCGAUGAGCUGCUCUUCGAACGCCUGCAGGGCCAGGCAGGCUGGCAACGGAGCUGCCUUCGCCUUUCGGAAACCUUGAGGACGGCUUUUCGAGAAGCUGACUCCAAGUUAAGGGUUCUCGAUGGCAACCUGAAAUGGUGCUACGAGUGCCAAAAUGCUGUGAUCCCAGACAUCAUCAAGGGUAUCUGGCUUUGUGGACCCGUAACCAAAUUUGCAGAGAUCCUGACCGACUACAAGGAAGGUUUGCAAGACUUCGAGAAGUUGUCGAGCCGGCACUUCUUGCGGCCCUUGGAGAUCGAGAUCGCGGCCAUGCUCAGCGAGUUGAAACAGGCCCCCGCGCGGUGUCUCAGCGAGUUGGCGGAGAAACUCCCGGAGGUGGUGCUGCUAUGCGCGGAGGAGCUCUCGCAGUGGAUCGGCAACAAGACCAGGCAGCUAUCUCGACAUCCCGGCUGCGUGGCCGAGUUCGUCUCGGAUCUCCAAAACUUGGAGGAGACGCGGGGCGCUUUGGGGACCCAGGCCGAGCUCCUCGCAAGGAUGCAGAGGCUUUACGAGAUUUUGGAGGAGCACCGGGUCUACUUGAGCACGACUCUGCGGGCCAAAGUGGCUUCCAUGCCACGGUCCUUCGCCAACUUCGAGGCCGUCUUCGCGAAGAAGGAGGAGAAGGUGGUGGAGGAGCGGGAAGGCUUCCUGGAGCGCUUCGCUGCGGAGCUCUCGGCCCUCGAGGCCAAGGUCCAAGUCUUCGCCUCCGAGGAGCAGGUGCGGCAUCCGGAGUUGUUGCAGCUGCCCUCGACGGCGUCCUUGACCGCUCCGGCCUUGGCGGCAGGCUGCGUUCCGGACUUCGCAGGGGAAGGGUCCGCGGUGGAGGUCUCCUCGAAGCUGAGAGAGCUGGAAGCCUUGCAAGAGGCACUGCGGAAGCUCCAAGAAGACCAGGAGCUCUACCAGAGCUACCAGGAUGUGAUGAAAGGCGACGGGCUGGUGGUACCAGAUCUGAGGGAUGCCUGGCUGCAACUGCAGAGGCGCUUGGAUCUUUGGAGGACUUUUGAAGACUGGCAAAGGAAGUGCCAGGAGUGGCUGCCUUCGGAUCUGCUUCUGGUGGACCUGAUGCUCAUGUCCAAGGACGUCACAAGCUUGUGGGUGCAAGCAGAUGCAGCCCAGCACGAUCUGCCGGAGAAUGCUGUUUUCGAGGAGCUGCAGAGCCAGUUGAAGUACAUGCAGGACUUGAUUCCGGUGCUGGAGGUGCUGCAGAACCCGCACUUGAGGGGGAGGCAUUGGAAGGAGCUGAGCGCGACCUUGGACGUCACGUUGGACGUCUCCCAUGCCGGGCGGCCGCAGCUGGCUUUGGGCCAGGCGGCCAAUUGGAACCUCACGAAGGAAAUGGCAUCCCUCCUCACCAUCGCGCGCCGCGCCACCCAGGAGCACUAUGUGGAACUGGCGCUCGAAAACCUGACACGCUCCUGGAGCCGCUUGGAGCUGCCGAUCGUGGACUCUGGCGGCCUGCGGGUGGAGAGCCUGGCGGGUCUCUUGGAGCAGCUGCAGGACGGCCUGGCCGUGGUGGGCUCCAGUUCCUCCCGGUUUGCGGCCGUGCACGCGGACCGCGUGAAGCUCUGGCAGGCGCGGUUCGAGAAGGUGGAGGAGUUGUUGUCGGAGCUCGGCUCCUGCCAAGAGCGGUUUGGGCACUUGGAGGGCGUCUUCGCCACAGACCUGCAGAAGCAGUUGCCGAACGAGUUCCUCACAUUUCAGCCCGUGGAGAGCACCUGGAAGGCCUUGCUUCUAAGGCUUUCGCAGCGGCCCCAGGUGGUCGAGUUGGCUUUGGACCCUCAGAAUCUCCAGACCCUGCGCCAGCUCGGCGAGACCAUGGACAGCAUCCUCAGGGACCUCGAUGGCUUCCUGGUCACGAAGCGACAGAGCUUUCCGCGGCUCUUCUUCUUUUCCGAUGCGGUGCUUCUACAGUUCCUCCGGCUUUUUGGGAAGCGCAGCUCUCCAAGAGCCAUGGAGUCCCUGGCACGGCAGUGUUUCCCAGGUCUGGGCUCCUGGGAGCUCGAGGACGGCGCUGUGACGCUGCUCUCCGUCGCCGGGGAGCGACUGCCCGCUAAGGUGAAGCUCCGGGGCCCGGAGCAGACGCUCGAGGCAAUCCAGGCUUCGAUGACGGCGGCAUUCCGACAGCUCCUGAAAGGGGCCAUCGAAGAGGCUGCUGCGGGCAACGCCCUGGAGUGGGCCGUGGCCUCCGCUCUGCCCAGCCAGGUCGUGGAAGUGGCCUGGCAAGUGACCUGGACGAUGCAGCUGGAGUCUUUGCUGUUGCAAAGCCGGGAAGCGGCCAAGGAGCAUCUUCAGCAGUGGCACAGCACCCUGCAGCUAAGGCUGCUGCAGCGCGCCGUCCGGCAGGGCGGCGCUGCGCAGCGGCGUGUGGCCUCGUCCCUGCUCGUGGUCUUCAAACAGAGGCAAAGCCAGCUCGAGUUUUUGGUGCGUGGCGCCAGUCCAGGGAGCUUCGACUUCCAGAAGCACCUUCGCUACUCGCUGGAUCUCAAAGGCGAAGCUUUGGGCACGGCUGCGCCCAGUGCCCUUCGGCUCAACGUGUCCCAGCUGAGUAGCAGCUUCGCCUACGGCUGGGAGUUUCUUGGCUCCACGGAGCGCUUGGUGAUGGCUCCGGAGACUGAGAGGUGCUGGAUCGCCCUCACCCAGGCCUGUCGCUUGCACUUGGGCGUGGCCUUGGUCGGCGCUCACGGCAGCGGCAAGACGGAGCUGAGCAAAGGCUUGGCCGCCGCCCUCGGCCUCUAUUGCGUGGUGUACCACGUCGCCCGCCGCGACGUGUCAGACCUCAGUGCGCAGUUCAUGGAGGGCGUGGCGCUGCAGGGCUGUUGGCUUCUGCUUGACCGCAUCCACCUCCUUCACGGCGACAACCUAGGCACCUGGGCCUGGCAGCUCCGCCGCUUCCAGGAGGCCCAGCGCGCCCAGCGCGAGAGCUUCGACCUGCAAGGCAGGAUGGUCACUUUGAAGCCUGGUGCCACCAUCUCUGCCACCGUGGACUCCAGGCUGGGGCCAAGCUUCUCUGCGACCUUCGAGAGCCUCCAAAGCUGCUUGCGGCCGGUCAGCCUGGCCUUUCCCAGUGUGGCCCACGUCUCACACCUGGCCGAAGUGCUCCUUCUCGCAGAAGGCUUCAGCGAAGACCCAGAUUUGGGGAAAAAAGUUGGCAUCUUCUGGGGCCACCUGGUCUCCCUGCAGGAGGCGCAGGAGCCCUUCUUUGGACUCCGAGCCCUGCGAGUGCUCAUCGAGAAGGCCGGUGCUCUGCGACGGCGCCACGACGGCAGCACAGGCCUGGCAGGGCUGGCUGUGGAGGUCUUCGAGCCGAACUUGCUGGCGCAGCUCUUCCAGUACCAACUGCAGUCCUUGAUCCCCAAAGAGGAGCUCGAGGCCUUGGCUGAUGUCUUCCAGCCGCAGGGGGACCACACCUCCCUCCUCCAGAGCCGCGGCCGCUCACAGCAGGAGCUCGCCGUGGAGAAGUUGGAGGAGUCCCUCGUGGCUCAGCCCGGAGUCGUGCUCUUGGGCCACAGCGGUGCAGGGAAGAGCCGUCUGCUGGAGGAUCUGCAACGGAGGAAGGAGAGCUUCUACGCCCAGCGCCUGGCCGCGCUCGCCCCCAACGCGCAAAGCGGCCAAGCCGGAGCCCAUGGAGCUGCGAAUGGAGCCACGGUCACAGGCUCCGGCAAGGCAAGCGUGUUGCCCGACGUGAAAGCUACAGCACGCAAGAUGAAUCAGGAGGACUCGGCGAGCGCAGGUUCAGGCACGGACGAACUGGCAGAUGAAGAAGAGAAAGAGGAGUUGAUCGAGGUUCCCAAGAUCCAGCGGAUCUACUCGAGUAGUUACGACUGCGACGAGCUUUACGGAGAAGCUGGCUCCCUGGUCCAGCUGCUCAGCUCCUUCGCGCAGGCGGAGCUCGAGGAAGGGCCCGGGGCCGGGGCCGGGGCCGGGGUGGCUCCGGGGGCUACAUCGGCUGGAACACUUCAGAAUCAACAGGCGCCUGUGGCGCACGUGGCACGCGUGCGUCGUGUGCCGGUGCCGUGGGUGGUUCUCGACGGCGAGUUGGGACCUUGGGCAGAUGCUUUGCACGGCUUCUUGGACCGCGAUCGCCACUUCUGGAUUCCCGGCUUCGCUCACCGAAUCGAGCUGCAGCAGGCGCUGCGCGUGGUCUUCGAGUGCGUGGACCUGGCGGAGGCCUCGCCGGCACUGGUCACACGCUGUGCAGUGGUGGCCUUGCCAGAGGUGCCAGUGGCAGCGGCAUUUCAUCGGCUCCAAGAGAUGCUGCAGCGGGCGUCGCUGAAGCCCGAGCAGCUGCAGGGCUGUCUGGAGAAGCUCCAAGCGGGCAUUUCGGAGCUUUGGGACCUCCAGGUGGAGGGACUCACAAGCGAAGGCGGAGUUCGCCUCGAAGUUUGGCUGAUGAGCUUCGGGCGCUUCUUUCUGGAGCUCGAAGCUCUGCUUGCGCUCUGCUCUGCCUCUGCUCAAAAUCAGCACCUCGUUGCUCGGAGGUUGGCUGCUACUGGAGAUGUCGACGAAUUUGGGCACUUGAGCGAGGAGACUCAUGGCCCUUGA